AAUGACCAAAAGCAGAAGAAGAAUUCCUCGUAAAAUGACAAAAUAACAAACAAAUAAACGAGCCAUGGACGAAGUAGACAAGAUAAUCAUGCACCAGCUGCACCAGGUGGACGCCAGCAUAGAGCCCACGGAGGAGUUGUCCAGCUUCACGCCGGAACUGGUGGUGCGAGCUGUCUCCAGCUGCCUGACGGAAAUCCGCCCAGAGCUGGAGGUUCCCCGAAGUCUGCCGGGCGGUGCGAUGGCUCAGAGAUUCAGCGUGGCCACUGCGCUGGCCGAGCAGUGCAAGGAGAGUGGCUACCACGGCGACAUUGGCUACCAGACAUUCCUCUACCCCAAUCCCAUCGAGCUGCGGCGUCUCCUCAUGUUCCUGAUCGAGCAGCUGCCGCGGGAGCGUCAGGCGGCGGAUGACCUGACAGGGAAGUCGCAUUCGCUAAGUGGCAGGGAAAUGCUGCAGCGUCAGAUACGCAAGAAGCUGACGGCUGAGCUGAAGGCCCUCUGGGUGCCGCAGUUCUGUCGAGCGGUGGGCAACAGGAGAUCCCACGGAUGCAGCAGCCUGUGCAUUGAUUUUCGGCCAAAGUUGAAUCUCAAUGUGCCGUCGGCCAAUGCGGAGGAGCGCACCAAGGAGGUGCAGCAGUACUUUGACCAGCAGGCGCCCAAUCUCUUCCAGCAGACAGCAUCCAACUCCUACGAUCUCAUUGCCACGGUGCUGCACAAGAACGAUCUGGAGCGCUGGGGCCACGGGCUGAUCGACUCGGGCAUGCUCGGGCUUCUGGCUGGCGAGGAUACCGUCAUACCGCCAUUGGUUCUGUCUACAGAGAAGCCAUCAUCCACGGCGACUGCCGCUGAGCUGACGCCUCUGGAGGAGCUGACGGAGGAGGUGCAGCAGCUACGCGCCCAAUGCGAGACGCUGCUGGGUGAGCGCAAGGCGCACGUCGCUAGAAUUGGAGCACUGAAGCAGCGGGAGAGCGAAGCCACCAAGCAACUGGCGGACAUUCAACCUCAGCUGAAGCUGCACGAGCGCACCUGCCUUGUGCUGGCCGAUUCCGAGCAGAAUUUGACCAAACUGGAGGGCCUGCUGCAGGCCACCGAAGCCAAGCGGCAGACAUUGACGCAGCAGUGGCAGGACUACCGUCGGCCGCUGCUGGAAACCCUGGAGACCCUCAAGACGGCCAAGGAGGCGCAGCACGUGCAGAGUAUUCGCAGCGGGAUCGAGCAGCUGGAGCUGGAGCUCAAGGCGAAGACACAGCAGCACAACGAACUAAAUGCGGCACUGCGCACGGCCACCCAGUCGCUGGCACCGCGGAAGGAGUACACGCGCCGCAUCCACGAGUUCAUUGGGAACAUUCGCAAGCAGCGGGCGGACAUCUUCAAGGUGCUCGACGACACGCGGCAGCUGCAGAAGCAGCUGAAUGUGGUGGGUGCCCAGCUGCAGCGCCAGUUCAACUACACCGACGACCUGCUCUUCCAGAGCGCCAAGCACGAUCUGCACGCCAAGAAGGCCUACAAGCUGCUGGCCCAGCUGCACGCCAAUUGCACCGAACUGGUCGAGUGCGUCGCCCUCACGGGGAAUGUGACGAAGCAGAUACGCGAACUGGAGGUGCAAAUCGAUGGGGAGAAGCUGAAGAAUGUCCUGACCAGCCUGCAGCAGAUCACCGGCGACAUUCAGAAGUUUGAGCAGCACAUCCAGGAGCUGCAGUCGCAGAUAAGCACAGUGGAGAAUGGUGUGGCCAAGGCGUAGGUCUGACCCUUCGACUCUAUUUUACCUAUGUAUUAGUGCCAAUGUAAUAAAUCAAAGCAGUCAACGCCUAGCGUUGAUUUCAUUA